UGUCUUGGCAUAUCCCGUAUACAGGAAAACGAAACUGCUGCUAAAAGGAAAUCAAACUUUCAGUUUACACGACAGUCGAGCUUGUUCAGACAACUGUUUGUUAAUUAGAACCGAUCAUGGAACCAAACAAGAAAACUUCCCUCAAAUGUGGCGACGUUCUCCUCAAAGGUUCUUCGUUUCUGUCCUUUAUUUCGUUGUUGUUGAUCGUUGCUCUUUUUUUGAGAAUGGAAUCGAUAAACAGGAAAACAGAGGGGAGCGAACUACGAAUUUCUAAAGUGGAAAGCGCCAUCAAGAUCGGAUCACUGCAGUCAACAGACCAUAAAAACGACGAAAUGGAAACACCAGAAACACAUUUUCAAAGAAACAAAAGAAAUGUUCCCCAGACGCAACCUACUCCAACAGUCUCCUUACAGCAAGUGCGCCAGGAAAUAAAGGAACAGUUAAGCCAAGCGUGCACCAGCAAAGGCAAGGUUUGCCAAGAAGGACCCCCGGGACCAAAAGGGGAUCCCGGUCCCCACGGGUAUCCCGGAUAUAAGGGUGAAAAAGGAGCUCUUGGGAUAUCCGGACCCCAAGGACCUUUAGGUCCUACGGGAGCACCGGGCACACGUGGAAGUCAAGGGCUUCAGGGACCUCAGGGAAUUAAGGGCGACAUGGGCAAGCAGGGACCUGUUGGAACCCGUGGGGUAAAAGGAGAUGUUGGACCAAUAGGCCGUCCAGGAGAAAAGGGCUUGAUUGGCUUUAAAGGGAACAAGGGGACCAGGGGCUAUACGGGCCUUCAGGGACCAAAAGGAGAAUGCAUUGUUGAUCCAAAGACCAGUAUAUAUCCAGUGUCCCAGGAACUCUUUAUCAACACACCGGCAAUAUUUUACUGCUGGGUUGACGGUCAGACAUCGAAACAGAUAACGUGGAGUAAGCUUGGAGGUGUCUUGGCUCGCGAUACUUCUGUCAAGGGUGGCGUUUUAUAUAUCAGCAGUGUACAAAAGUCUCAUGCUGGAUCCUACUUGUGCAUAAUUAUCACAGGCUAUGGAACUCUAAGAGCCAUCGGCACUCUGGGAGUGAAAGAACUACCAGUUUUUACCAGGAAGGCUCCUUCACAAGUUUCUGUCAGCCCGGGAUCAGACUUGGAAUUAUGUUGUGCAGCUACUGGGUCCUCGCCACCAACUGUAGAGUGGUCACGUGGUCAACGAUCUAUUGAUGCGACUUUGUACCAAAACGGAUGCCUUACAAUGAAGAACGUUAAAGACGAAGACACGGGAAAGUACAUUUGUCGGGCUACAAACAGACUUGGCUUUGCGCAAUUAACCACAGAAAUAUUUCUGCAUCCAGCUUCCUGCGAGGUAAUCAAGAGAAAUAAAAAGGGUGGUAACAGUGGCAAAUACAAGCUGACAAUCAAUUCCUUCGACUUCUGGGUAAGUUUAAAAACACGUACAAACAUUAAACAUCCAGCAAAAACUAUAGAUUUUCUGACCCUGGUUAUUCUUUAAGAUUCAACAAGAAACGAUGAUCUAUCGACUCUUGGGUUCGAAUGACUUAUUAAUUAAUUGGCUGAAGGAUUGACUGACUGUACGA